UGUCCUGUUUUGAGGUCAUGAGCGGGAACUUGAUGAGAAGCGUCUACUUGUGGAAACAUUCCGCAAGCAAGCUCAUUUCGAAUAUUUAGCCAUAAAUUUACUACCUUUACUUAUAUUUAUGUAAAGAAAAUAUUUACUACCUGACAACCUUGAAACGCAAAGAUGACUCAAGAAAACAUCUUCCUCUUCGUUCCUAAUCUGAUCGGUUACGCCCGUAUCGUUCUGGCGCUGGUGUCCUUUUUCCUGAUGCCAUGCUGCCCGUUUCCCGCCUUUUUCUGCUACAUGCUUAGCGCUCUCCUGGAUGCCUUCGACGGCCAUGCCGCACGUGCGCUCAACCAGUCGACGCAGUUCGGAGCCAUGCUGGACAUGCUAACAGACCGCUGCGCAACCAUGUGCCUGCUGGUCAACCUGGCGCUUAUCUACCCAUCGUACUUGUUCCUCUUCCAGCUCAGCAUGUGUUUGGACAUCGCCAGUCACUGGCUGCACCUGCACAGCUCCACAGUCAAAGGCUCGGCCAGCCACAAGAGCAUCGACCUCUCCGGGAAUUGGCUUUUACGACUCUACUACACCAAUAAGGUGUUUCUGUUCGUGAUGUGUAUGGGAAAUGAGCUCUUCUUCUGCCUGCUCUACAUCCUUCACCACUUAGAAGAACCAAGCGGGCUGCUAUACAUCCUACUUGUGGCGAGCGGAGUGGUGUGUGCACUCAAGUCUUCCAUCAGUUUGGUCCACCUGGUAACGGCGUCUCAGAAUAUGGCUGCUAUAGACGUGGCAGCCCGGCGUGCCGCCGCCGGGAAGUCACAGUGAGAACGUGACGUCUCUCCGAAGCUGUGACCUCAUUUGACCAAAAUUGGUGCUGCUGCCAUGGUUGGGCCCUGAUAUUUCUUUGAAUUUUAUUUCUAGCGUUAAUGUUCUGUAAUGGGAUCACUUGCGUUGCUUUUAAAUGUGAAAUGGGACACAAUAACUAUCAUGUAAAAACAUGGAAACGUACUCUGGGUGAAGACUGCAAAUAUUUCCUUUUUAUUCAAUGGCACUUCGGUUUCUAUCGAGUGACUAAUGCUGCUAACUUGAUGGCAAACAAAACUCAUGAGUACGAGCUACAAGCUGUAUAAAAAGGUGACGGUUGCAAAACACUAAACUUUGAUGUGGACGAGGAGCCGCAAAAUAUUGCUGUACGGGCCCGAAUUGAUCCCCGGGCAACAAGAAUUAAAGUGAACACAAGUGACAGCUGAUCAUGUAAAAAAUGCCUCUAAAGAAUGCUAUAUUUUAAAAAUAUUUUUAGUUUAUAGCUGUUUCUGUGGCACCAGGCAUCAUUUGUGUUUUUUUUUUUCCACUUGUGUUGCUUUUUUUUUGGGUGGCAAAAUACAAAUAAUGUGCUGAAUGUAUUAGUAGAGAAGACACGUGUUUACUGCUGUAAGUGUAUUAUAAAGGACUUGUAUUUCUGCUUCAUUUUGCUCCCGGGUGGUUGAAUACAGAGCAAAAAUAAAAACAGAAGCUUU